GAAUUUACAGGAAGGUGACGUACUCUUUCCAAAAGAUGAGGAGAACAAAUUUAUAAUAAGCGACAUAGACUACUUGGAAACUUGGGAGGGCAUGGAGGACUGCGUUAAGCUAGGACUUGUCCGAUCUAUUGGCCUUUCCAAUUUCAACAUUGAGCAGAUUCAGCGAAUUAUGAAGAAUUCUUCCAUUAAACCUGUUAUGCUUCAGGUCGAAUGCCAUCCAUACCUAAACCAAAAGAAGUUGAUUGACUUUUGCCAUCAGCACAAUAUCCAUGUCACCGCAUAUAGUCCCUUAGGCUCAAACGAUCGACCAUGGGCUAAACCUGAGGAUCCUAGUUUAUUAGAAAAUCUUAAACUUCAGGAGAUUGCCAAAAAAUAUGGGAAGACAACUGCACAGGUAUUUCAUUAUUUCUUCUAACAUAAGCAGU